UUCCCCGCCAAACUUGAACCGUCAUGCAGUGCAGCACUACACGUACUGACACGUUGCGAAAAUACACGCUCCCGUUGUUUGUCCAUCAUCAUCAUCAAGUCACUAUUACCAAUUGACAAGACCAAUGCGCCCGUAGAAGUCGGCUGUCCUCGAAUCCUGCUUCGUCACUUUUCGGGAGGGCAAUCCUGCCUCGGUGUCCUAGUAGUCAACUGGAACGGAGCUUGCGCCGCCAGGAAUGGGCCGUGGCAGCUGUUACUGUACGCGCCUCAUCGUCAUGUUGUCACUGUAGCCGUUUUCCCUGCUAUUAACCCCCAGAGACGCAACGCAGCCUCCUCCACCUGGACUCCCUUGCCCUUCUCUGACCGCCAUCUCUACCACCCUCAUAUUGUUCUGAGACACUCGCUGCCCAUAUAUUUCCCUCCCUUGACCUCCUGCCACCUCCUGUUGCAGCUUUCUUCUCAGCAUCCGCCCUUUUCAUCUGACUUGGCUCUCCAAGAUGGUGCACCUGGCCACCGUUAAGCCCGACCCUCAUAAGGGCUCUGACUUCGACGCACCCAAACGUCGAGCAUCCAUUGUCCCCGGUCUUGAGCACAUCUCCCUUGAACCGCCCGGCGAGGAUGAAUUCUCCACCUCCGUUUACGGCUCGCGUUUCGCAGCCCAAGAUCUCCCUUCACAUGAGAUGCCCGAGAGAGAAAUGCCAAAGGAGAUUGCGUACCGCAUGAUCAAGGACGAGCUGAGUCUGGACGGCAACCCAAUGCUAAAUCUUGCCAGCUUUGUCACCACAUUCAUGGAAGAUGAGGCCGAGAAACUCAUGACCGAAGCCUUCUCCAAGAACUUCAUCGACUAUGAGGAAUACCCACAAUCGGCCGAAAUCCAGAACCGCUGUGUUAAUAUGAUCGCCCGGCUGUACAACGCGCCUGAAAGUGACGACGGGCAAAAUGCCAUGGGCACCUCUACCAUUGGUUCGAGUGAGGCGAUCAUGCUGGCUGUUCUUGCGAUGAAAAAGAGAUGGGCCAACAAGCGCAAAGCCGAGGGUAAGGAUGCCACCAAACCCAACAUAAUCAUGAACAGCGCCGUCCAGGUCUGCUGGGAAAAGGCUGCACGCUACUUCGACGUCGAAGAGAAGUACGUCUACUGCACCGAGGACCGCUACGUCAUCGAUCCCGAAGAAGCCGUCAAUCUCAUUGACGAGAAUACCAUCGGUAUCUGCGCUAUUCUCGGACUGACCUACACUGGCGAGUAUGAAGAUGUGCAAAUGAUCAAUGACUUGCUUGUGGAAAGGGACAUUGACUGCCCCAUUCAUGUGGAUGCUGCAUCUGGAGGGUUUGUGGCUCCUUUUGUAAAUCCGGGUCUCGUCUGGGACUUCAGACUUGAGAAGGUUGUCAGUAUCAAUGUAUCCGGCCACAAGUACGGUCUGGUAUAUCCAGGCGUCGGUUGGGUUGUUUGGAGAUCGCCAGAGUUUCUACCCAAGGAGCUUGUCUUCAACAUCAACUACCUGGGAGCCGAUCAAGCUUCGUUCACACUCAACUUCAGCAAAGGCGCUAGUCACGUUAUUGGGCAAUACUAUCAAAUGAUUCGGCUGGGCAAACGUGGGUACCGGAGCAUCAUGCUCAACCUGACUCGCACGUCGGACUACUUGGCAGCACAGCUUCGUGCCUUGGGAUUCAUCAUCAUGUCCCCCGGCGGCGGGAGAUCGCUGCCCGUGGUUGCUUUCAGGCUGGAUUCGGACAAUGAUCAGUUGUUUGAUGAAUUCGCCAUUGCUCAUCAGCUCCGCGAACGCGGUUGGGUUGUCCCGGCCUACACCAUGGCACCACAUAGCGAGGGCCUCAAACUGAUGCGUGUUGUCGUCCGUGAGGAUUUCAGCAAGGCGCGUUGCGAUGCCCUAGUCGCAGACAUCAAGAUGGCUCUGCAAGUGCUUGGGGAGAUGGAUCGCAAAACCCUUGAACGUUACCAAGCGCAUGUCCAGAAACAUACGCGAAGAGGCAGCAAAUUGCCGGAUAAUAUCCCCCAUUACAAAAACGAGAAGCAUUCGCUCCAAGGGAAACACGGCAAGACGCAUGCCGUUUGCUAGUCUUUGCACCUUUGGCUGUGGACGUCAGCCGGGUACUUUUCCACGGUCGUGUGUCCAACCAGACCUUGUGCUGAGAUGGCAGAACUCGGUAUUGUGCUGUUAUUCAAGAUAGCAUACAUUGGCUAGACAAAUAGCAAAGAUGAGGACGGAAAAAUGAGAGACAUGAGGCAACUACCUUAAUUUCUCUGAAACUCUUCCUACAUGCUCUUCUACCCUAACGUACUAGCAAUCACUCAAUGAUAGAGAUUAGGGACUUGUCUCUGGCAAGAAGUAAUGACCACCUCGUGCU